AGGCGCUUCCGUGGACUGCAACUCCGUACGUCAAAGGGCAAAACGUCAAGACGCUCUAUCUUUCACUACUACCACCAACCAGCACCUUUGCUUUUGCCUGUUUGAGCAACAAGAAUUGAGCCCAAAAGUGUCCAAGAAUUGUAUCGAAAGGCGAAGAGACUGCCGAAAGUGAUAAUAUUUGACCGCUCGCUCAGUUUGUGGUAUCGCAGAAAAGGCGAUAUUGAGGUGCAAAGAAUGUAAACGUCAGCGGGCGAGAGAUCAGAGUGCACGAUGAAAAACUGUGUGCGUGCGUGAGUGAGUGCGUGUGCGUACGUGCGCAAGUGUGUGUGUGUGUGUGUGGUUGUGUGCGUGCGCGAGUGUGUGGGGAAAAGCUUUUACGCCCACCCCGUGUUGCCCGCCCCCAUCCCCCCCCUUUUUUCCGCCCGCCACCCCCCGCAACAUCCCGGAGGACGAUCCGCCAACAAUCGUCCGGAGAUGGAUGCAGCCGUAGCACCACCGCCGCCGCCGCCAGCAGCACCACUACCACCACCAGCACCACCGAACGAUGUUUACGAUGUCAUCAAUCAAAAGGAAUGCGGAAUAUGUCUCACGUUCCGGACGGAGCAGAUCUGCUUCGACAUGUUCAUGCCCCGGGAGGACGACCUGAAGGAGAUACCGUAUCUGGUGUGGAAGCAUGUCGGGCUCCAGUUCCCACAGGAGACGGGAAAGCACUACGUCUGUCGGGACUGCGGGAAUGCGGUGUACGAGUUCAAUCGGUUCUACCUGAUGGUGCAGAACGUACACCAGGAGCGGCAGGCGGCGGCGUUACAACAGGUCAAGCCAGAACAGAGCGAGCCGACAGUGGCGGAGGAAGCGGUCCAGAGCAUCAGUCAUCAGCAGAAUGGGCAUCAUGGCGAGAUGAAGCUGGAUGCAGCACCACCACCACUGCAGGUAGAUGGGACCGGCGGUGGUAGUGGGCUGCCGGUACAGGACGUUCCGGAGUGCGGUGUGAAGCCCGAAACGAACGGAAUGCCGGGACGGGGCAAUGGGGCGGUCGACGGUGCGGUGGAACCGAUGCAAGGGAUGGCUUCGUACGUGGCGCUGAACGACACGGAGCCGGAAAGUAGUCGAAUUCGGCCCCCGGUCGGCACACCGAGCCGGAAGCGCAAGAACCAAGAGAUGGACGAGGAGAUUAUCGACUUCUACAAGCUCGUGUGUGACGUGUGCGAGGAGCGCGUAGAGUACGGCACGAUGAAGGAGCUGAACCAGCACAUGAAGCAGAUGCACGGCGAGGAGUCGGGCCGGGUGAGCUGUCCGCAGUGUGGCAAAAUGUUCCGGACGCGGGUGAAGCUGCUCGAGCACAAGAAUGUACACCUGCGCCAGGACACGACAUCGGAGGACGACGCGGAGAAACUGCAGUCCGAGCAGAUGGACAAAGAGAUUUUGGAAUUUUACAAGCGCAUCAGCUGCGAACUGUGCGAUUCCAGCGCAACCGGUGCUGGUGCUGGUCAACAGUCUGCCAGCAGCACGCUGUACGCGACCGUCAAGGAGCUGAACCAUCACAUGCGGCUGGUGCACGGACAGCAGGCCGGUACGGUGAAGUGUCCGCUGUGUGAGAAGAAAAUCCGCACGCGGCCGAAACUGCUCGAACACAAGCGCUCGCACCAAACGCCAAACGUGCUGCUGGAGGAGGAUUCCGGCAAAUCGGGCAAUGCCGGCGGUGAACCCGGUCCCGAGCUGACGGAAGAACAGAAGCAGACGCUAGAUAGAGAAAUAUUCGAUUUCUACAAACCAAUUAUAUGCGAGAUUUGUGAACCGGAGCGAGCGGCAACCGGCCAAGGGGAAACGGGUCCCGCUGCCGGUGGCCAGGGCGAGCCGGGAAUGGUAGUGGCGAUGGCGGCGGCGGCGACGGCGGCGGUGGCGACGGCGGCCACGACCGAGGAAGAGUACCGAUCGCUCAAGCAACUGAACCAGCACAUGCGGACGGUGCAUGGACUCGAAUCGGGCACGAUCAAGUGUCAGCUGUGUGCGAAAAAGUUUCGAUCGCGCGUCAAGUUGAUCGAGCAUAAGGAGAUGCACCAGAAUCCGGAACGGUUCCGGUGCGGCGUGUGUCAGGAGGUGCACCAAAACCUAGAGGAACACAUUCAGAACAAGCACCAGGAGUGGGAGUUUGCGUGCGAAGAGUGUGGCAAGCGGUUUCCCUUCAAGAACCGGCUGACCGCCCACAUGGCGAAGGUUCACAUGAAGAAGGACAUUAUCUGUGAGGAAUGUAACAAACCAUUUACCAAGUUUAGCAUCGAGAAACACAAAAAAACGGUCCACGGUGGUGGCGGCGAGAUGUUCCUGUGCAAAAACUGCCCCAAAACGUUCAAGACGCGCGUUUCGCUCGAGCGACACAUGGAGGGCCACAAUAACGGAGGUGAGCAGCAGCCGGUGGGUUCGGCCGCUACCGUAAUCUGCGCGAUUUGCAACUCGGUGCUGAAGGGCAUGUACAACCUGAAGGCACACAUGAAGCGCGUGCACGUCGAACAAACGCCGGCCACUUGCAGUACGUGCGGCAAAACGUUCAAAUCGAAGCACAGUCUCAAUACGCACACCGCGAACGUGUGCACCACGCGACAGUUUGGCUGCACGCACUGUGGCAAGCAGUUCAAGAAGCGGACAAAGCUGAAACAACACAUGACGAUUCAUGCGCGCGGCGCCGACUAAACGCCGUUUCGGGGCGCGAUAGAUGGGGGCUAACGACGAGAAUUAACGUAAUAAUAUUAUUAUGUAGUAUAUAGUAUGUACGUUUAGGGGAUUGAACUACAACCAUAUUACGAGUGGACGGUAUCGUGAAAGGAACGAGGGCCUAUUUGACCACCAAAUCGUUCUCGAGAACGAGAGCGACGGAAAGACCGCCGGUAGUACUGUAGGCGUGUUUGUGAAGCACGCCGGCCAAAAGUAACGCGGCCAUCACGUUCGGCACCUUGCUCGUGUGUCGAUACCAGGGCAAGAGUGGACAAGUUGACUAUGCUGAUGGACUCCUGAAGAGGGGGAAAAUGGAACAUAAAAUAAAAUAUUUUUUGUUUUAGCGGCUUA